AUGGCCAAGGCCAUCUUUGACCCCAAGGAGCCCCUCAGUGGUGGGGAAGGGAUGGGGGACUCCAACCGCUUCCUCCUGGGCUGCCGGUGGCUGCUGGGCGAGGGUCUGGGUGCCAAAGAGACACCCCAACAGCGGUACCAGCGGCUGCAGCACGAGGUGCAGGAGCUGGUGAGGGAGGUGGAGCAGAUCCAGAGCACGGUGAAGGAGUCGGCGGCGGAGGAGGAGCUGACGCCCAUGGCCUUGGCCAGGCAGGUGGAGGGGCUGAAGCAGCAGUUGGUCUCCAGCCACCUGGAGAAGCUGCUGGGUCCCGCCGCCGCUAGAACCCUCUCUGUCCCCUCUCUGCCCAGGCGCCUGCUGCAGCAGCUGGAGGUGGCCAAAUGCAGCAAAGCCCCCCCAGGGAAGAGCCCGGCCAAAGCCCCGGGCCCCACCGGCGACGCCGUCACCUUCGAGCUCUACUGGAGACCAGAGCAGGACCAGUUUGCCCAAACUGCCAAGAUCGCGGAGCUGGAGAAGCGGCUGGCGCAGCUGGAGGCCACGGUGCGGUGCGAGCCCGACAGCCAGAACCCGCUGCUGGUGGGGCUGAAGGGCAGCAGCCUGGUGGAGACCGUGCAGGUCCUGCAGGCCAAGGUCAACAUCCUGGACGUGGCCGUGCUGGACCAAGUGGAAGCCCGGCUGCAGAGCGUCCUGGGGAAGGUGAACGAGAUCGCCAAGCACAAGGCGACGGUGCAAGAUGCUGACACCCAGAGCAAGAUCCACCAGAUCUAUGAGACGAUGCAGCGCUGGGACCCGGUGGCCAGCACCCUCCCCGACGUGCAUCUCGUAGUGGGCGGCCGCCUUGGAGCUGUGGACCAGCAGCGGGAUGGCCACCAGCAGCACCAGCACCAUGGCCACGCCGACGGCCGCCCCGGCCACCCGCUUCCUGCGGCUCAGCCGGGAGGCGGCCAGCGCCAGCAGGUCCUCCUCGCCCUUGGGAGCGAUGGUGGCACCUGGGGGGGGGUGGACGGCAACCGGCCGCCCACCGAGCCUCAGCCCCCCGGCGGGGAGCGGGAUGGGAGCGGGGACGGGGCGGGACGGGGCUGA